AUGGCACCCAACCACUUUUCUUUCUCUAGUGUCCUGAAGGCGUGUGCUGGCCUCAAGACACUUGAUGCGAGUAAGCAAAUUCAUUGCCUUUCAAUAAAAACAGGGUUUUGUUUAGAUUUAGUUGUGGGUAAUGCCCUGGUUGAUGCUUACUCCAAAUGCGAAUACAUGGAUGAGGCUUGGAGGGUCUUCGAUGAGAUGCCAAAUAAAGAUGAGAUUUCUUGGACUACAUUAAUUGUUGGCUACUCUCAAAAUUGUAUGGGAAAUGAAGCUCUUUCAGCCUUUAAGCUCUUGAGGAAUAGAGGAGUGGAUCCUGACCAGUAUAUGUUGGCAAGUGUUAUCAGCGGUUGUGGUGCCAUUACAUCUGAGAUUCACGGUAGGCAGCUCCACUCUUACUCUAUCAAAGUUGGUUUUGGCUCUAGCCUCUUCGUGCAAAAUGCACUGGUGGAUAUGUACUCCAAGAAUGGGAGCAUCAAAAGUGCACACAAGGUCUUCGGUUUCAUGGAGAAUCGAGAUGUAGUAUCUUGGACAUCGCUUAUAGUAGGCUUAGCACAGCAUGGCAUGGGGGAGAAGGCCCUCUUUCUCUUCGACCAGAUGAGGAUGGCCCAUGUGAAACCUAAUCAUGUCACCUUUGUCGGUGUGCUCUCUGCUUGCAGCCAUGUGGGUCUGGUCGAUAAAGGUCUAUUUUACUUUGAAUUGAUGUCCAAAGACUAUGGAAUCGAGCCUGGGUAUGACCACUUCGUUUGCAUGGUGGACCUUUUGGGUCGAGUCGGUAACUUGGAGGAGGCUAAGAAGUUCAUCGAUGAGUUGCCAAUUCCCCCUGGCCCUCUUGUUUGGCAAACUUUUCUUGGUGCUUGCAAGCUCCAUGGAAAUGUAAAGUUGGGGAAGCUUGCAGCUACUCAUGUUCUCGAACUGAGCCCACAUGACUCCUCAGUCUAUGUUUUGCUUUCUAACAUGCAUGCAGAAGCAGGUUUGUGGGAGGAGGCUGCUCGGGUCCGAAACAUGAUGAGAGAGAGAGGCGCUAGGAAAGAGGUCGCCUAUAGUUGGAUAGAAGUUAGGCGUAAGGUGCACAAAUUUGUAGUGAGGGAAAGCAUGCACCCUGAGGUGGAGGAGAUAAAUGAACUAUUGAAAGUUUUGCUUAGGCAUAUGGAAGUUGAUGGGUAUGCUCAUAAUGGACAGUCUGCAUUGAGGGGAGAUGCAGAAUAG